AUACCUCAGCGAGAGCUAAGAUGGGCGCUUUGUCGCACUGCUGUUCGAUAACAGUGUCGGGAGACGGGUUUCCGAAGGCGUUGUCAGGCUGUUGCCUCGCGAGGUGAUAUUGCGUUGGUGUAAAUCCCAGUGAUGACUAUACUGAACCCUGUACCCCCUGAUUAGUGGUCGGAUGCCCCCUUUAAAACACAGUUUUCUUUCUAUACAAGGCAUCACAACUGCUCCUACAAACACCUCAAUCACCAUCUUCCUGGAGGAAACCUCCAAGGGGAGAGAGUAGAUCCUGUGUAGAAUAUGUCUGGCCCUGUUCCAAGUCGUUCUCGAGUUUACCCUGAUGUAAACACACAGCGGCCUCGGGAAUAUUGGGACUAUGAGUCCCAUGUUGUAGAAUGGGGGAAUCAAGAUGACUAUCAAUUAGUCAGGAAACUUGGCAGAGGGAAAUACAGUGAGGUGUUUGAAGCCAUUAACAUCACAAACAAUGAAAAGGUCGUUGUGAAAAUCCUAAAGCCGGUCAAAAAAAAGAAAAUCAAGAGAGAAAUCAAGAUCCUGGAGAAUCUGAGGGGUGGUCCAAACAUCAUCUCACUGUUAGAUAUUGUUAAAGAUCCUGUGUCACGGACCCCUGCUCUGGUUUUUGAACAUGUCAACAAUACAGACUUCAAGCAAUUGUAUCAGACCUUAUCUGACUUCGACAUACGGUUCUACAUGUAUGAAAUCUUGAAGGCCCUGGAUUACUGCCACAGUAUGGGUAUAAUGCACAGAGAUGUCAAGCCACACAAUGUAAUGAUUGACCACGAGCAUCGAAAGCUCCGCCUGAUUGACUGGGGCUUGGCCGAGUUCUACCACCCUAACCAGGAGUACAAUGUGAGAGUGGCUUCUAGGUACUUCAAAGGACCUGAACUGCUGGUGGACUACCAGAUGUAUGACUACAGUUUAGACAUGUGGAGUUUGGGAUGCAUGCUUGCUAGCAUGAUCUUCCGGAAGGAGCCCUUCUUCCAUGGACAUGACAACUAUGAUCAGCUUGUACGAAUUGCAAAAGUCCUUGGCACAGAGGACCUGUACGACUACAUUGAUAAGUACAACAUUGAAUUAGAUCCACGGUUCAAUGACAUUCUGGGCAGACACUCCCGCAAAAGGUGGGAGAGGUUUGUGCACAGUGAAAACCAGCACUUGGUCAGCACAGAGGCUCUGGACUUUCUGGACAAACUCCUGCGCUAUGACCAUCAAGCCCGCCUCACAGCUAGGGAGGCCAUGGAUCACCCCUAUUUCUAUCCCAUCGUGAAAGAUCAGGGAAGGGGGGCAACCCCUGGAGGGAUGGCUGCCAGUUCAACACCAGUUAGCUCUUCAAGUAUGAUGGCAGGAAUCACCUCAAUGUCCUCCUCACAGCCACUGGCUAACAUUGCUGGAUCACCUGUCAUCUCUGCCCCCAACACUCUUGCCACACAAGUCCCAGCAGCCACUGGGGCCCAACCCUGAAGCCACCUUCUCACCUGUAUUUGUGUGUGCUCAUGGCCAUGCCCUGCCCACCUCUUAGUGAUGCCGAGGGCCAUGGCUCCCCUUUUUAUUAUGUUGACAAUAACAAGAAAAAAAUUAAAUUGCUUUUCACCUUCAGUUAUAUUUUGACAUCUGGACUUGACAGAAAUGUAUUGUUGCACCUGUCAGGAUUAUUAGAAAUUAAUUUGGGUGUGUUAUUUCACAAUGCCAGUGUCUAGAAAUUCUAAUAUGAUGUAGACAUGAAGAGAAUGGAUAAUAAAAUUUAUUUUGUAUGUUCCAAAUA